ACCAUUUUAUUUUCAAUCAUUCUUUUGUUUUUUUAUUAUUUAUUUAUUUUGCGGUUAAACUCAAAAUUAGUCAAACUUAUUCAAAUAUAUUUUGUUAAAAGCAAUACAUUAAAUAUAAAAAUGAGAAAAUUUGAAAAAUAAGUUUUAUGUACAAGGGUUGGAUAUAUAAUAUUUAAAUGUUUAAGUAAAAAAAGUUUGUUUAUUGUCAAGAACGACAUGUCUUUAAAAAUCAAUAAACUAGGCGGAGUGGAGUUGCUAAAGCUGCUAUCGUCGCUAUGCAUUUCAAACACAACCCCCUAGCGAGCGCUAGGGGGCUCGCCAUAUUUGUCUCGCUACAUAUGCAACAAGAUGAGGGAGAAAGUUUGUUUGGUUUGUGAUUGGAUGAAUGGGGAAUUGACCGGAUUGUUCAGCCACCACGAUGAUCUAUUGUCGCUACCUGAAACCCAACUACACAUACUACUGUGUGUGAGAGAGACGAUGAUAAUUCAUAUAGGAACUUGGACAGAGAAAGGGAACUGGAGGAGGGAUACUGAUAAUCAGAGGAGAUGGUGGCGAUCGAAGGCUUCCUCUGAUCCAUAUGCUUCUAUGUUUUCAGCUGCUGCCUCGAUUCAAUCUGAUUCUGCGGAGAAAAACGUCGUAUGGUCGUAAAAAGGUAUGACGUUUGGCACCCGCAGACCUGCAGGUCCGGUUGUAGCUAGCAGCAAGGUGUAGGAUAGUCAAUCCAGUAUAGAUCUAUACGCAAACUCACGAUCUCCCUCGAAGAGACUCUGGUUACAACUCGGGCCAUGACAUUUAAGGCAUGCUCCGAUAUAGUGGAUCACAUUUAUGUAAAUGUAUAUAUGUAUAUGUAAUGUAUUGUUCCUUUUCUAGUAUCAUUGUAUAUGUUCUCCUUCUAGUAUAGUUGUAUAUGUUCUCCUUCUAGUAUAGUUGUAUAUGUUCUCCUAGUAAUAUCAUGUAUAUAUUCCAGUAGUAAUAAGUAUUGACUUAUAAAUAAACUGACUCAUUGAUCUAGCAAUAGUAAUAGUAUGACUCUGUGCUAC